AUCGAUUUAUCUCGGUCAGCGGCUAGAGGUGCCUGCGCCCGCUGCCGGACGUGGUGGCGCUGCCGGGAGCCGGAGCUGCCCCAGGUGCCGGAUACGAACACGGCGGCGACGGCCGAUAAAAGCAACUCAGUUUUCACUAACUGAAUAGACAUCAUGUCUCGAGCACGGCAACCUCCACUUGUAACUGGCAUCUCUCCCAAUGAAGGCAUCUCAUGGACAAAAGUGACAAUCAGAGGAGAAAAUCUGGGGACUGGGCCUACAGACCUCAUAGGUUUAACAAUCUGUGGGCACAACUGUCUGCUGACUGCUGAAUGGAUGUCUGCCAGUAAAAUUGUGUGUCGAGUUGGACAGGCUAAAAAUGACAAGGGAGACAUUAUUGUUACUACAAAGUCUGGUGGCAAAGGGACUUCAACAGUUUCCUUCAAACUGCUUAAACCUGAAAAAAUAGGUAUCUUGGAUCAGUCUGCUGUCUGGGUGGAUGAAAUGAACUAUUAUGACAUGCGCACUGAUAGGAACAAAGGGAUUCCCCCCUUGUCCCUACGUCCAGCUAAUCCGCUGGGUAUUGAGAUAGACAAAGGCAGAUUUCCUCAAAAAGAUUUAGAGGCACUGUUUCCUGGGAUGAGUGCUGAUUUCACUAGUGAAAACUUUUCUGCUGCCUGGUACCUGAUUGAGAAUCAUUCAACAACAAGUUUUGAUCAGCUCAAAACGGCUGUUGUGAAUUUGAAGAAACAAGCCAAUAAGAAAAAUGAGGGGAGUCUAGCUUAUGUGAAAGGAGGUCUCAGCACGUUUUUUGAAGCACAAGAUGCUCUGUCAGCAAUCCAUCAAAAACUGGAAGCGGAUGGAACGGAAAAAGUAGAAGGAUCCAUGACGCAAAAACUGGAGAAUGUACUGAACAGAGCCAGUAACACAGCAGAUACCUUAUUCCAAGAAGUGCUGGGUCGCAAGGACAAAGCUGAUUCAACGAGAAAUGCACUUAAUGUUCUUCAGCGUUUUAAAUUUCUUUUCAACCUUCCUUUAAAUAUUGAAAGAAAUAUCCAGAAGGGCGAUUAUGAUGUGGUUAUUAAUGACUACGAAAAAGCCAAGUCACUUUUUGGAAAGACAGAGGUUCAAGUAUUCAAAAAAUAUUAUGCUGAAGUUGAAACCAGAAUUGAAGCUUUAAGAGAACUUCUGUUGGAUAAGCUGCUUGAAACUCCGUCAACAUUGCAUGAUCAGAAACGUUAUAUAAGAUAUCUUUCUGAUCUUCAUGCGCCUGGGGACCCUGCUUGGCAGUGCAUUGGUGCUCAACAUCAGUGGAUUCUACAGCUCAUGCACAACUGUAAGGAGAGCUACGUUAAAGAACAAAAAGGCAACUCAUUGCUCCACAGCCCCAUGUUAGAUCUGGACAGCGAUGUACGUCCAUCACCAAUUGGCCAUCUCAGUCAAACUGCUUCAUUGAAAAGGGGCAGCAGCUUUCAGUCUGGUCGUGAUGAUGCUUGGCGAUACAAAGCUCCUCAGCAAGUUAUGUUUGUUGAAAAGUUGACAAAACUUGUUGUAAGUCAGCUGCCCAACUUCUGGAAGCUCUGGAUUUCUUAUGUGAAUGGAAGUUUAUUCAGUGAGACUGCUGAAAAAUCUGGCCAAAUGGAAAGAUCAAAGAAAAACGCUAGGCAAAGACAAAAUGAUUUCAAGAAGAUGAUUCAGGAAGUGAUGCACUCUCUGGUAAAACUUAUCCGUGGAGCUUUGCUUCCAUUUACUCUCAAAGAAGGAGAAUCUAGACAGUAUGGUGGCUGGGAGAUGAAAUCUGAACUUUCUGGCCAGUGGCUAACGCAUGUUAUCCAGACUGUAAGGCUUAGUUCUGAGUCUCUUACUGCACUCGAGAUACCCAAUGAUAUGCUUCAAAUCAUCCAGGAUCUUAUUUUGGACCUUCGUGUACGUUGCAUUAUAGUGACCCUACAACACACAGCUGAAGAUAUAAAGAGGUUAGCUGAAAAGGAAGACUGGGUUGUUGACAAUGAAGGUUUGACAUCUUUGCCAUCCCAGUUUGAACAGUGCAUUAUCCAUUCCUUGCAAUCUCUUAAAACUGUGCUGGACUGCAAACCUGGAGAGGCCAGUGUUUUCCAGCAGCAGAAAACACAGGAGGAUGUGUGCCAGCUAAGCAUUGGGAUCAUGCAGGUCUUUAUAGACUGUUUGGAACAACUGAGCACCAAACCCGAUGGUGACAUAGAUACAGCACAUCUUUCAGUUGAUGUUUCAUCUCCAGAUUUGUUUGGAAGCAUUCAUGAAGACUCAAGUCUUUCUUCAGAACAGAGGCUUUUAAUUGCACUCAGCAACUGCCGUUAUCUGGAACGUCAUACUUUCCUAAAUAUAGCUGAACAUUUUGAGAAACAUGGCUUUCAAGGUGUUGAAAAAAUAACUCAAGCUAGUAUGGAAUCCUUGAAAGAGCUGGAUCAAAGACUCUUUGAAAUGUACAUUGAAUUCAAGGCAGAUCCCAUAGUUGGGUCCUUAGAACCUGGCAUUUAUGCAGGAUAUUUUGAUUGGAAAGAUUGUCUUGUUCCAGCAGGUGUCAGAAACUAUUUGAAAGAAGCAUUAGUGAAUAUCAUUGCUGUGCAUGCAGAGGUGUUUACCAUUUCCAAAGAUUUAGUUCCUCGGGUAAUGUCAAGGGUUGUAGAGGCAGUCUCUGAAGAGCUGAGUCGACUGAUGCAGUGUGUUUCAUCCUUCAGCAAAAAUGGAGCUUUACAGGCAAGACUUGAAAUCUGUGCGUUGAGAGAUACCGUGGCCAUAUACCUAACACCUGAAAGCAACUCAAGCUUUAAGCAAGCUUUAGAAGCCUUGCCCCAACUUUCAAGUGGAACUGACAAAAAGUUACUAGAAGAGUUACUAAACAAAUUUAAAAGCAGCAUGCACUUACAACUGACCUGUUUCCAAGCUUCUUCUUCAGCAAUGAUGAAAACAUAGACAACACCACAAUGCAGGCAACU